AAAAAAUACUCACGUUCAUCGUAUUUUGCCGUCGAUAGUAGUUUCUUAAAAAGAACUAGUCAUGACCAAUGCAGAUGACUCUUCAUACUAGUCCGCAUUACUAUUGAAAACAGUCUAGACUAGUCAGAUAUCUAAUAUUGUCUGAUUGAAUGUUCGAAUCCACCUAUCAUCUCCUUUUCUUCUAACUUUUGCCGUUACGCUGACGAGUCUGGACAGUAUGAGCAUACAAAAUGAACUAGUCAUGACAGGGUGAGAACAUGUUUCGGACUAGUCUAUAUUAGGUUGGAAGACGUUGCUCGUCAAAGCAAUCAGUCCUGACGGGCUGCAAGUCAUUUCAGACUAGACCAGACAGUAGCAUGGACAUUUUAGACUAGACCAGACGGUAGUGCAGACAUUUUUGACUAGUCAUGUCGGGCGUCCUGCCUUAUUUUUUGCUUGCCUGGGUUUAUUCCUGAUGUUGGCCUAUUUUAGUAGUGACAUCUGUUAUGUGUUAAAAUACCUAAUCCAUUUUUCAACAUCUCUGUUUUCAGACGGAUAAACUUUGUAUUCGCUCAGAUAUAAAAACUCGUUGUUUAUUAGGUUUAACUGCUACACCAAUUCAUGAUACAUUAACUGCUGCUUAUGGACAAGGUGUUGUUUCAUAUAGCACAGUUGUUCAUUGGGUGGAUCGAAUUUCAAGUGUACGGGAGUCGUUAGACGAUGAUCCUCGAAAUGGUCGUUCGUUAUCCAUAAUUACUCAACAAAAUAUUGAUGUGGUUCAGGCCUAGUGAAUGAGGAUCCACAUAUUAGUAUUGAUUAUAUUACUACUACCUCAUACAUGUUUAUUGCAUGUAUUAUUGCGAUGAAUGUCUAAAAAGAUUCGUCAAAAAUUUACAUAAGAAAAAACAUCAUCAAAAACAUGGCAUUAAAUUUGCAUUUUUUUGACAAUGCAAAACCAUGUGCGCCAGAUAUCGAUAUUAUCUUGAUUAUCUUGAAGAAGAAAAUCGAAGUUACGGCUCAUCCACUAUAUUCACCUGACCUUGCUUCUUCAGACUUUUGGUUGUUCAAUUGUCUGAAGCGUAGCCUUGGUACAUAUCCAAAUGCUACAAACUUAGCUAAUGCGUUAUCCAAAGAGUUCAGUUCAAUACCUAUUCAAGAAUAUCAAAAGACAUUCAAGAAGUGGAUUGAAGGGUUGGCCGUCCAAAUGUCGAAAGGAAAAAUGUCGAAAGGAAUAAUGUCGAAAAGACGAAGGGGAAAAAUGUCGAAGAGGAAAAAUGUCGAAGGGAAAAAUAUCGAAAGGAAAAAUAUCGAAAGGGAAAAAUAUCGAAAGGAAAAAUGUCGAAAAAAAGAAUAUUAAGAUGAAAAAUGUCCGAUAAAUGUUUUAGAGAAUUCUGAUUAGUGAAGGACAUGUUUUACUAUAUGUUUGAAUGUUAAUAUUCUAGAAGAGAGAAAAUAUAAGUAACAAGAGAAAAACUUGAUAAUGUGUCAUUUUUUUCGUUUAGCAACUAUAAAUGAUAAUCCAUCUAAGUAU